AUUGAAGAAGUAGGCGGUGAAUACUUUGAUGAACUAGUGGCAAGGUCAUUGAUACGACGUUCUGCGGAUGGGGAACACUUUGAAAUGCAUGACCUCAUCAACGAUUUGGCAACCAUGGUUUCUUUCCCAUAUUGUAAGAGGCAUGACAAUGAAAUGCAACUCGGAAAUCUAAACAAAAUUCGUCAUUUAUCUUAUGAUAAAAGUAUGUUUAACCAUUUUGGCGAACUUGAUUCCCUUCAUGGAUUGAAAGGCUUCCGUACACUCACAGCAUUACCGUUUGAAUUUGAGUCCCGGAUCCCCGGCCAUUACCUAGCGAAUGGGGUAUUGCAUGAGUUGUUGCUAGCAUUGAAACAGUUGCGGGUGUUAUCACUGUCAGACUACAGGAAUAUCACUGUUUUGCCGAAUUCUAUUGGUGAUUUAAAGCAUUUGCGAUACCUAGAUCUAUCUUGCACUCGAAUUGAAAGGUUGCCUCCUGCAAUAUGCAAGCUCUACAAUCUACAGACCUUGUUGUUAUCUUAUUGUGUUGCUCUUACUGAGUUGCCUGAGGAGAUGGGAAAAUUGGUGAAUCUACGCCACCUUGCUAUUGAUUAUUGUUGGGUUCUUACUAAGUUGCCUGAGGAGAUGGGAAAAUUGGUGAAUCUACGGCGCCUUGAUAUUGAUGGUACUGAUUUGCAGGAGAUACCCGUAGAAAUAGCCAGACUAGAAAAUCUGCAAAGUCUGAGUGGUUUUAUUGUCAGCAAACAACAACAUGGAGUGAAGCUUGCAGAAAUGAGAAAAUUUCCCAAUUUACAAGGUAAACUCUGCAUCUCAAAACUAGAAAAUGUUAUUGAUCCGUCUGAUGCUUGUCAAGCCAAUUUGAAGGAGAAAAAGCAAAUUGAAGAGUUAUCAUUGGAAUGGAGUGAUUCCAUUUUGGAAGACUCCCAUCAAGUUGUACUUGAACAUCUGCAACCCUCAACUAAUUUGAAGAAAUUGACCGUUAAAUGCUAUGGUGGAACUAGUUUCCCAAAUUGGUUGGGUGAUUCCUCAUUUGGCAACAUAGUGUGUUUGAGAAUUGAAGAUUGUCGUCAUUGUUCUUCAGUGCCACCUCUUGGACGACUACAAAGCCUAGAAAAACUCUUCAUUUCAGGUAUGAGAUCAGUGAAGAGUAUUGGGUCUGAAUUUUACGGAAGUAAUUCCCCGUCAUUCCAACCGUUUCCCUCCUUGGAGACUUUGGAAUUUAAAUCGAUGGAAGAGUGGGAGGAAUGGAACAUGAUAGAUGGUAUAACUACUGAGUUCCCCCGUCUAUCACACCUAUCUCUGAGAAGGUGUCCGAAGCUGAAAGGAAAUUUACCCAGCAAUCUUCCUUGCUUAAUUGAACUUGAAGUAGAGGAUUGUUGUGUACUUGAAUCAGAGUUUUCAGGAGAAGUGGAUAACAGAAACAUAAUGAGACGAAUGAAUGUAUUCAAUUUUAACUCACUUCAACAAUUAUGGCUCUAUGAAAUUCCUUCUCUGACGUCCUUCCCGAGCAAUGGUCUGCCCAAAGCGUUAAAGACACUUUUUAUCCGAGGCUGUGAGAGCCUUGAAUUCCCAACUCAUGAGUUCCUUCACAGUUGCAAGGCACUUGAGGAUCUGGAUAUAAUACGUAGCUGUUGCUCGCUGACGUCAUUUCCCUUGGGUUCUCUCCCUGUGCUCAAGCAUCUUGUGCUUUUUAAAUGUAAAAAUUUGAAAUCAAUUUCAAUUUUGGAAGAAGAAGCAGCAAGCCAAUCUCUCAUGUUUCUUGAACAUCUCGAAGUAUAUGGGUGUCCUGAACUGGAGUCGAUUUCCCUACCGGAUUCGUCCACUCCUAACCUGAGUUAUUUUGAGGUAGAUAAAUGCGACAAGAUUAAUUCAUUACCAGAACCAAUUAAUAAUCUCAGUGGCCUCCAAACAUUAUAUAUUUGUGAUGUUCCGAAUUUGGAAUCCAUUGCAGAAGAGGGUUUGCCUAUCAAUUUAAGGACACUAGUUGUCGGCAAUGAAGAAGGGGUUUACAGCAAUACAGAUAUCACCAAGUGGGGCUUGGACCGACUCACUUCUCUUUCAGAAUUGAGUAUUAGAGGUGAGUAUCUGGUUAAGAAGCUGAUGGAAAUACAAGUGCCCCUGUUGCCCAAUUCUCUUCGGAUGCUGGAAAUAGAAGGAGCACGUGAAAUACAAGAUUUGGAUGGGAAGUGGCUUCAGCAUCUCACCUCUCUCAAAUCUCUCGAGUUGUAUGAAUGUGACAAGCUCAAGUCACUGCCAAAAGAAGGGCUGCCCUCCUCGAUUUCAAGUCUACAAAUUCAGGGAUGCCCAAUGUUAAAAGCAAGUUGUGAGAGAAAGAAAGGG